AGCAUUUUUACUGGUAUAUUUAAGUUGCAAUUGAACAAGCUGUUCAUAUAUACCUAUAUAGAACUCGUAUUCAUUGCACAAAUAAGGCUUAUACAUAAUAAAGUGGAGGCCGUAUAGAUGUAUAAAUACGAUUGUUGAGAUUUCAUUUAUCACUCAUUACGAGAUUUCUAUUUUUGAAACAAAUAUCGUAUACGAUUUCACCAUUGCAUAUACGAUACCACUGAUCAUAGCCAUGAUAUGUUGUAAUCGUAUAUACGAAUUUAAGUAAUCUUAUACAAUCGUUAUCAUAAUAAGAAAUAACUUCUUUAACAUAUUUACGGCCAAUAUCUACAAUUAUUUGCAAAAAGCAAAACUAAACAUUUUGCUCGUCAGUGCACAUUAUGAGAUGAUAGAACUGGAUCAUUUAUUUUCUAUUAUUUCAAGCUUUCCAUGAGAGUCAGUAAAGAUUUAAGUAAAUUCAGUCCCCUACUUACAUAGUAAUAGGAUUUGAACCUUUGAUGACCGCAUUGGGAGACAUUCGUUGUACCGCAGCACCACCUAAAAUAUGAUUGUGACGACGUUAACAAGCAUUGACGUUCUUCGUACUUCAAAUAACCAAACGUGACUCGCCUCACUUUUAUUUACGUUUUUCUCUUUCCUAUAGGAAUCGCAUAUCUGUUUUCGGCGAUAAAAUGAGAUAAUAUACGAUUUCACAAAUUGAUAUGUGUAAUUUACAACUUUUCAUACGACUAUAUCAAUCGCAAUUCAAUAUUUACGAUUACCGUUCCAUACAUACGAUACAUGUCAGCAGAUGCACGAUACACCAACAGGGUUAGCAGUUACAUUUAUGUUGUUAUCGCAAAGUGUUUUCAAAAAAUUAUCUGCUACAUGUUAUAUUCAUUUGUAAUAACAACAUUUUAUUAAAUGAUCUAUCAAUGUAUUGAGAAAAACAAUAUUAAGAAAGCACUAUUUCAUUGAAAGUUAUAUAAAACCUAAUGAAUCUAUACCUAUACCUAUACCUCGUUUUUGUUAGCCACUUUAUAUCUGGCCGCACUGCUCAUAGACGUCAAACAAGUAACCGAUGUAAACAACGUUGAACGUUUGAUUCGCCGUGCUCGUGCAGUGAAUUUCUUGAAAUUGUUCGGAGUUUUAAUCUCAGCAAAAUAGCCAAAAUGUUCGCAAUUGUGCAGUUUAUCGAGAACAACAAGUUCAACGUGUUGGCCGUCCCAACUUCGUGGAUCAAGAAGAACCAGUUAAUGUGGCCAAAAAUAGCGAACGACAAGAUCGAAAAGUUGCGCGAGUCAGGAGCGGAAUUCCGUGGCUCAGUGAAGAAUAUCCCUGUGAUGGUGCUAAAGAAACUUCGCAACUUCGAAGCAGCGGAGAAAGCAGCCGAUGAACUUGCCAAGAAGGACGUGUCGGACGUUGAAGGAAAGCGAAAAAUUCUGAAAGCGAAGAUCAAACCGAAGGUAGUGAGUUCCAAGAACUACGACGCAAUGUUUGAAGAAAUGGGAAUGCCGGCAAAAGUCACCGAGCACCGAGAAGCUCUAACGCAGAAAGUAGAUGCUCCGUCGAAAGUGGUUGCCCGCGGGAAAAGCGAAAAUAAGCGUAAAGGAACGACAGACUCGCUGACCGGAAGAACAUCGCCCCUGAUCCCAAUGCAGCCAACUCGAUUGGUGCAGUCUUCGCCGACCCAUAACACGAUGAUCGUUGAUCUACCGAAUCAGCAUGUGACUUCGCAACAUGUACCACAUUCCCCGAUAACUCAGCAACCUGUGCCCCAAAUUGUGAUGCCGGUGAUGCCAUCUCCAGUGACAGUUCCGGCUGUAUUGUCAUCAGCUCGAACUCAUGCUCAGGCCAUGUUACGAACCCAGCCAUCACAAACACUGUUGCAACCAUCGUCGUCGUACCAGAUGGUUAAGCAGGAGAUGCCGCCCCCGAAACCAACAGGAACACUGAGCCGUUUCCAGAUGCUCGAGACCCAGCCCAGUGAGCAGCCUGAAUCCGUUAUUCUUGAAUCACUGCCACCAGAGAUGGUCGAGUCGCAGUUGAACCCAAUUUACUGCACCGAAAACGGCGUUAUCUACGUAACCAACUCUGGGUCGGAUCACCUAAAUUUGGACAACCAUCUUCUAACAGAUGGCAACGGGAAUGUCACCUAUGCUGAUCUAAAGAAGGACUUGCAAAAGUUCAUUCAAUCCAGUGUAGACGCAGCAGUAGAAAAGUCCUUCCAAAGUCACUUCACCCGAAUGACUGCACUGAUUGAAAUGGAAGGAAGACCUAAAACUGCGUCCGAACCUACCGAGCAUCCUGUAGAACAGCAUGUCAGAAUUUCGGGUGAAGUUGACCUUCAUAAUUGGAACGCAAAGCUGGCCGACAGUGAGCUAUGCAACCAAUAUCUGCAGUACUUCACUCGAAUCAUUCCACCGAAUUCCUAUGCAAAUAACGGUAACAACGCAUGCUACACUAUUGUGGACUGCUUGUUCACACGAGAGUUUUGGGACCGAUUUACUUGGACUGGAAUCAGCCGCGGUCAAAAAUCCAAACGGGGAUUCAGAGAAUUCGGAAAUGUCCUCGGAUUGCUACUGAAGCUGGUUCAGAUCGGUGACCCUACGUACACGACACAAAAGCUGGAAGAAUUCUGCCGUACCCGUUUGUUCAGGUAUAGCCGCUCGAGAUGUUCAAAUAAGCAGUUGCGAAAAUCCGCGUGUCGCCCUACUCGCAAACGAAAAGCGCCGACAGGAUUGCAAGAUGAUAACGAAGGGCCAGAGGAUGCGCUGCGUGAAAAUGAUGAUCCGGUGAACACAAGUGAUAUUGUAGAAGAGUGCAACAGUCAAGGAGACGUGGAUCCGGAUACGACGUUUGAUCACGAUGCUGACAUUGAGCCCGAUGAUGGUGAUGAGGAGAUAAUGGAUACAACCGGAGACGUGACUGAUUGA